AUGGCUUCCACUUUCGUCAUACUACCAACUCCUUUGUUGUACAAACCCAACACCGCUUCUCUGUCCAACAGCCAGAAGCUACUCCCAGGUCUGCGAAGAAAUUCAAUGAGAGUCAACGCAAUUGCCCAGAAAUGGGAACCCGCCAAGGUGGUUCCGCAAGCUAACAGAGUGCUUAUUCGUCUUGAUGAACUCCCUCAGAAAUCAAUUGGAGGAGUUUUGCUACCCAAGACAGCUGUUAAAUUUGAAUGCUAUCUUAUGGGAGAAGCUGGGAAAAAGGUUCUUUUUCAGAUAUAA